AUGAAGAAUGAGAUUAAUAUACUAGAGGAUCAAUUAGCAAGAAAAGAUAAUGCAACUUCCAAAUGGAUAGAUUCUUUACCAAAAAAUAAUGUGGGAGAUGUCCGUGAUAUAUCUGAUCAAGCAUUUUGGACUUUGUCCAGUUGCAAAACAGAUGGCUUUGGUAUUCAGCAGCUCUUAGACGAUGAUUUAGAGCAGUAUUGGCAGUCAGAUGGUCCACAGCCUCAUACAGUGACUGUUGAAUUUAGGAAAAAAACAGAUAUUUGUUAUUUACUUUUAUAUUUAGAUUAUAAAACUGACGAAUCUUACACUCCUAGCAAAGUAGUUGUACGUCUUGGUUCAUCGAUUUUGGAUAUGGAUGAAGGUUUGACCGUGGUGUUUUCUGAACCAGUUGGGUGGCAGGUUAUUGACUUACGUGACGCACAUGGAUGCCCAUCUCGAGCUUUUGUCCUUCAGCUUCAAGUUGUUCAAAACCAUCAGAAUGGUCGAGAUACUCAUAUUAGGCAAAUCCGAAUAAUAGGACCUGCCCGAGCUCGAUUGGAUACAGGCGCAAAAACAUUAAUUAAUGCAGGUUCAGCUAUAACUAACGUUCCAUUGAAAUUUACUUCUCACGCAAUUGCUAAGUUUUCCAAUGUCCGUUGA